CAAGUUUAAAAUGAAAGUACUACUAAUUUUGAGCCUUGCGCUCGCUUUGGUGUCAGCUAAGCCCUAUUUUUGUUCUAAGGAACCCGCUUACGGCAAUUGCACGGGAAAUUACGCGGUAUGGGCUUAUUCGGCAGCGGAAAACGAUUGCACCAUCUUCGUCUACUCGGGUUGUGGCGGCAAUUACAAUCGCUUUCACACCCAGGAACGAUGCAUAGAUGUUUGUAUCAAUCCCUAUUAUAUAGACUAUAAUUGAUACUAUAGAGAAAAAAUAUGCUUUAAAAAAACUUAUAACUAAAAAAGGUAAAGGUCAUAUUUGAAUAUUAUUUGUUCAGAGGAACGUUAAAAUAAUGUUUAUGAAAUAAAUGGGAAAUACCAAUUGAA